UAAACUUCUGGAGUGGAGCAUACGAACUGCAAGAUAUUGAAAGAUUACUCAAGCAAAAUCAGAGUAAAAUAUCAUUAAAUACUGAUUUUGCCUGAAAAAAAUAAGUAACAGGCCUAUGUAAAUCUGCAAUAGUAUGCCCAAUUUCAUAGAGGAUUUAAUAAAUGACGUUUCAAUACAUUUCAACCCUGCUGGCCGAGAGUCUAUACGAAAGGGUGAAUGUUACCCCGGCUUGAAAACCCAAAAUUAUUAUUUCAAAAAGCACGGAGCAGUUCAAAAAGUUGUGACAACUGCGACUGUAAAUCGAAUCCAUUGACUUCGAUAUCACUGGUCUCGUUACAUAUCGCAUUUGUAUCAGUCAGUACUCCUUGGCGCCGAAAGUGUAAAGUGAUAAAUUUGCUGUCAAAUAUCUGUUACAUUAUACAAAUCAGGGCACGAUGCCCGCUUUACUCGAUUUGUGUGAAAAAUACUUUGGAAGCAGGGACUUAUACGAAGUAUUAAAGAUUCCUAAUUCAGCAAAUGAGAAACAAGUUCGAAAGGCAUAUCACAAGCUGUCACUGUUGGUUCACCCUGACCGGGUAGAAGAAAAGGAGAAAGCAGAAGCUACAGAAAAAUUCAAAGUGUUGGGGAAAAUCCAUUCUAUUUUAAGUGACGAAGAGAAGAAGGCCAUUUAUGAUGAAUCUGGUGAUUUUGAUGAAGAGAGUGAUGAGAUGGCAGAAAGGGAUUGGGAUGAAUAUUGGAGGAUGCUGUUCAAACCCAUUACUGUAAAAGAUAUUACUGAUUAUGAGAAGAAGUAUAAAGGUUCAGAAGAAGAACUUGGUGAUCUUAAGCGAGCUUAUUUGGAUGGAAAAGGAGAUAUGGAUUUUAUAUUGGAGGCUGUACCAUUUACUCAUACAGAUGAAGAAUCAAGACUGAGAGAGCUCAUACAAGGUCUGAUUGACAAAGGAGAUGUGCCAGAAUACAAGGCCUUUACAGAUGAGACACCCAGAAAGCGAGAACGGAGGAAAAGAAAGUGGGAGAAAGAAGCCAAAGAGGCAGCCAAACUGAAGCAGGAAAAGGGUUUGGGUGAUAUGGAUGAUGACCUCAAGGUGCUGAUCCAGAAGAAACAGCAGGAGCGCAAUACUGAGAUGAACACUUUCUUUGAUAUGUUGGCCAAGAAGUAUGGCGGAAAGUCUACUGGGAAAAAGACCUCAAAGAAGAAGUAGUUAAUAGCAUUAAUAUAAUUUGAUCUUGAAAUAAUGUGUUUUUUGCAUAAUUUUCACAAUGGAAAACAUACCAAAGUAAUGAUAUAUGUAGCAUGCAUUUGGUUCAUUUAACAUGUGUCAGUUUUGUUAUGACUUUCAGAAAAUACACUCUCAUGUGAGAAUGUUAUAUCUA